AACAGCUGUCGGAAUAAAGAACAAGAGAAUUGACUAGUAAGCCAGGCGGCAUUUAAAACAUUGUAAAUUUGUUAAUCAUCAUAUAUAGAUCAUAAUUAAUCUUAUGAAUAUGGCUGACGGCGACAGUGCAUUGGCUAAAAGUGGAGGAGGAGGAGGGGCGAAGCCAACAGCCGGAAUGCAGAUAAUUCCCGGAGAGAUGGUAGCAUCGAUUGAGGAAAUCGUGAUGAUCGAUCCCGAAUGCUAUGAACUCGAUCUGAAUCAUCGUCGCAUCGAUAAACUGGAGAAUUUCGAGCCUCUCAUUAACAUAGAGCGAUUGUAUCUGCGAUGGAAUCUCAUCAAGAAGAUUGAGAACUUGGAAACACUAAAGAAACUGGUGGAGCUGGAACUUUACGAUAAUCAAAUUUCGAAAAUUGAGAAUCUAGAUGAACUGGAGAAUCUGGAAAUUUUGGAUCUGAGCUUCAAUCGUCUGACCAAAAUCGAGAACUUGGAUAAUCUGCUCAAAUUGGAGAAACUGUAUUUUGUGGCCAAUAAACUCAAUUUUAUUGAGAAUCUUGGAAUGUUGACCAAUCUAACAAUGCUGGAAUUGGGAGACAACAAGUUGAAGAAAAUUGAGAAUCUCGAGACGUUGGUAAACUUGCGACAGCUUUUUCUAGGCAAAAACAAAAUUGCAAAAAUCGAAAAUCUCGAUAAGUUGGUCAAUCUGGAGAUACUAAGUCUGCAAGCCAAUCGAAUUAUUAAAAUUGAAAAUUUGGAGAAACUGGUUAAUUUAAAAGAGUUGUACAUAUCAGAGAAUGGCAUUGAAACUAUUGAGAAUCUGUGUGAGAACAAAAGUUUGGAUACACUCGAUCUAUCCAAGAAUCGAUUGAAGACGAUCGGCAACUUGGAGACACUCGAUCAAUUGGAGGAAAUCUGGUUGAAUGACAACGGCAUUGACAACUGGAAGAACCUCGAAGUCCUCAAAUCGAACAAAUCAUUGCAGACCAUCUAUCUGGAACACAAUCCGGUGGCCACCGACAUCCGAUAUCGGUCCAAAUUGCGAGACAUUUUGCCGCACUUGCAGAAAAUCGAUGCCACAUUGUGUGUGAUGCCCGGGGGAAACCCGGCGUAACCUACUGCAGAUGGAGAGAUGGAAAGUCCAUAAUUAAAUGCAUUAUGCGUCUUAAAAUAAAUAUUUAAACAUUUACAAAUGACUUAGAUAUUUUCAAUCCAUUUAAAAUAGCUUGUUUUAUUUCAACAUUUGGUUUUCUUUAUAAAUCACGUUAUCUUUCUAUCUGUUAUUUUAGAUUUAUUUGAAAUAAAUAACAGAUGCAA